CUUCUGAAGUGCGGAGCUGCUGGCCCUUUUCUUUCCGACAUUUUGCAAAGAUGGGAAAGCCCCGUGGACUGCGAACCGCCCGCAAGCACCGUGAUCACCGUCGUGAGCAGCGGUGGCACGACAAGGAUUACAAGAAAGCUCACUUGGGAACACGGUGGAAGGCCAACCCUUUCGGUGGUGCAUCCCAUGCCAAGGGCAUUGUGCUCGAGAAAGUGGGUGUAGAGGCUAAGCAGCCCAACUCCGCCAUCCGUAAGUGCGUCAGGGUCCAGCUUAUAAAGAACGGCAAGAAGAUCACAGCCUUCGUGCCCCGGGACGGUUGCCUCAACUUCAUUGAGGAGAACGAUGAAGUGCUAGUGGCAGGCUUUGGUCGUAAGGGUCAUGCCGUGGGUGAUAUUCCCGGUGUGCGUUUCAAGGUGGUGAAGGUGGCCAACGUCUCCCUUCUCGCCCUCUACAAGGAGAAGAAAGAGAGGCCAAGGUCCUAAGCUGUGGAAUAAACACCUGUUCUUUUUCUA